AUGCAGAAGCUAGCAACUAUUACUAAGAGAGCUGGGUUUCGAACAAUUGUCCUGAAUAUGGAAGCAAUCUCUGAUGAAGACGUGAAACGAGGCAUUGCGCCAGGCAAUAAUUGGCAUUUUGAAAUCAAUGGCCACGAGUUCUAUGCCAAGGGCAGUAACCUAAUCCCACCUGACGCCUUCUGGCCCCGUGUCACUAGGAGCCGUGUCAAGCAGCUUUUUGACGCUGCUAUUCGUGGCAACCAGAAUAUGCUACGCGUGUGGGCUAGUGGCGUAUACGCGCCUGACUUCUUAUAUGAACUUGCCGAUGAGAUGGGUCUCUUACUUUGGUCUGAGUUUCAAUUUGGCGAUGCUCUUUAUCCUGUCGCGCCGGACUUUCUCGAGAACGUGUGGCAAGAGGCCGUUUAUCAGGUCCGCCGUAUAAAUCACCACCCUUCUCUUGCACUAUGGGCAGGUGGCAAUGAGAUCGAGAAGUUUUCGCUUCUUGUUGUCGAGAUUACGGCACCUGACGAGAUGGAUCGCUACGUGGCUGAGUACGAGAAGAUUUUCCUUCACACGCUAUUACCCGCAGUGUACAGUUCCAUCUAUGGCGAUACAGAUUAUUGGUCGUAUGAAUUUGAUCAAGCUUUCAAUAUAUCAACAUAUCCCAUUGGCAGAUUUGCCAAUGAAUUCGGUUAUCAUUCACUGCCAAGUCUAGAGUCUUGGCGAGAGGUUGUGCCUGAGACAGAACUAUACCUUGAGUCGCGGACUGUCAUGCUGCGUAAUCACCACUGGCCGGUCGGUGGUCUCAAUACGAGCAACUAUGACAAUAGUAGCAAAGGAAUGGCGGAGAUAACUGGUGCUGCAGCCAUGUACUAUCCAGCUGUCGGUAAGACAGACUCCAUUGCCAACUUUUCGGCAUGGUGCCAUGUUAGCCAGAUCUUCCAGGCCGACUUCUACAAAAAUCAAAUUCAAUAUUACCGUGUCGGAUCAGGCAAGCCUGAACGUCAACUAGGGUCUCUAUAUUGGCAACUUGAGGACAUUUGGCAGGCACCUACAUGGGCAGGUAUUGAGUACGAUGGCCGAUGGAAAGCACUGCACAACGUAGCCAAGGAUAUCUACGAAUCGGUAAUCAUUGCACCGAUAUAUAAUGUCUCAUCCGGCCUCCUUCAGGUUUAUGCUGUCAGCGACCUUUGGUCUCCUGUCAGUGGGCACGCAGUCUUGGAAUGGGUUGACUGGUAUGGUAACCGGAUGGACGAGCCAGCCAGGACCACGGUCAACUUCACAAUCGGCCCACUGAAUACCACCAUUUUGAGUACUGUUGAUAUUACAGAUCUAGUGUCAUCUCAAAGUGUCGAUCCUGCCAAGGCGCUCUUCGUGGCCACUCUCACCGCGACCGGCAGACCGAUAAAUGCGGCUGCGCAAGCCACAAAGACAUACACCCACUCUAGCUUUUUUACUCCAGUACCGCUCUCCAAGGCUGAACUUGUCGAUCCUGGUAUUUCUGUUUCGUAUGAUGAGGUUGCAGAUGAGUUUGUGGUUACUGCAUCAACAGGAACGAGCAUGUGGACUUGGCUCAGCUUGCCACCUGCCGACGAGGGUACCAUUGUAGCGUUCGAUGACAACGCGUUCUUACUAAUUAAAGGCGAGAUAAAGAGAAUUAAGUACACUGUCUUGCGUCAAGGUCGCGCCAACUGGCAGGAGCGAGUUCUAAUUGAAAGCAUUUGGAAUAAUACGUUAAUAGACUAG